AUGUCUGCCAACCAAUCAUUUGCCAAUGACCGCCAGUCACAAUCGAACCGUGACAGUUACCGACGAGAGAACCACCAGUCUCAAGGUCAUCCAAUUCGAUAUGACCCUUAUGCCAGGCCAGCCAAUGUCAACUCUCCGUUGAACAGAUCAACAUAUGCUCCAGCAUAUAAUGCAGCACUCGAGCGCCUCCAGGCCAGGUAUGGAACAAAGAGACAAGCAGACUACAAAGAAACCAAGUUUUGA